AUGUCGACGAAACGGCGAGUCGCUUUAACCCACGAGCAACGAUUGCAAGUCAUCAGAGAAUCGGAGAAAUUUCAUACUAGUUCUCGCAAAAUUGCCGAGAAGUAUGGUGUUGGCAAAACUCAAAUCGAUAGGAUUUUAAAACGAAAAUCGGAAAACCUCGCUGAUCUGGAGGACAAUGUUGCCCCCGAGAGGAAACGACAAAGGCGGCCUACGGGCAAUGAGGAAAUAAAUAACCUUGUGUGGGAAUUUUUUAAAGACGCUUCCUCGCGCCGUGUUAAUCUUAGUGGGCCACUGUUAAAACAAAAGGCACUGGAUUUUGCAUCAGACUUUGGUAACACUACAUUCAAGGCUUCAAAUGGAUGGUUGGAUUCGUUUAAAUCACGGCAUAAUAUUGUGUUUGGAACAAUGAGCGGGGAAAGAGGGGAUGUAGAUAACUGA